ACUAAUAUGUAGAGGAAAUGAAUCUUCUAACACAAAAGAGUUCUCUAAUUUUUUUAUACAACUAAAUACCGUUUUAGAAACGUUUUAACGGGUUUUAAGAGAAAAGGUUUGCACGUCAUAUUACACUGAAUAUGUUUACGGCGAACUACUGUUAAGAAUGGAUUCGGAUAGCUCAAUGUCCAGUGUUGAUCCUUCUAAAGGUGACCCAACGGUGGGAGAAAGUAAGAUAGUCCUGUUGGAAUCUGAACAAGGUUUAUCUAGUGAGGUAACAAGUUCUGAUUCUAACACAACGGAACUAAACAACACCUUAACAAGCCUCACUCCUGAUCCAGAUUUAAGCAAUACAGAUGUCAGUUACUCGUCAGGGGCCAAGGACUGCAAGGAUCCGUCAUUUAGUUUAUCCUUAUCAAGUAGUUGUGUUACAGAUGAAAGUCUGGAUGAGGCUUCUCCUCAGAAACGCAGUAAAAAUCUUCCAGGAUGUUCAUCACCAAAGUGGCAUAUGAACAAGUGCUUUGACAGAUACUGGAAACACUAUCAACAGUCUAUGGCUUGGUGUCAGAGACACUUUUAUAUGAUGAAGUAUAUGUCAAGUUGUAUGAGCUACACACCUCCUUAUCAUCAAGUGAAUAUAAACUCAUCCAGAUAUGUGACUCCUAAUGUUGGUAGAGGUCAGCAGUUCAAAAUGGGAAGAGGUUACGGAAGGGGUCGUGGAAGGUCAAGAGGUGGACUUGGUAGGGGAGCAGGUCAGCAAAAUCAUGCAGUUAAAAGACAGGGAGAUCAUGAAAAGACCAUCAGACCACCUGAGACAGAGUCUGACGUGGGGUUGGAGUCAGAUGACAGCGAGGUGUAUGAAAUGGAACUAACAGAAGAAAUGGUGCAGUUCUUUGCUCAUUCAGAGGAGCAUAGGAAACAGAGAGAUGCUUCCAAAGAAAUAAUCGGAGAAGAUGGAAAUGUUCAAAAGAGAAUUCAAAUAGAGGAAGCAAUAUAAAAAUAAAAGGGAGUAAUUUUAUUUUGUGACUUGUGCUUCUUUCAAAAUUAUGCAAAUACAAAUUCCUCGCGUAUACAUGAUAUUUAGUAAUACAGUAUUGUUAACUUUUCACAUUAGUUUCUUCUCUAAAAUUGUUGAGCCACUUUCAAGCAAACUUGGCACAAAUUAUCAGGUAACCGCUUUAGAAUUCUCUCUAGUGUAGCAUCAGACUACAGUAUGUCAAAUGAAGGUGCCUUUAAAUUCAAAUUGUAUUCCCUUCUGCUUUCAUUGAUGGAAAAAAAAUUAACUGAAAAAACUUUGAGUUUAGUCAAAUGUUACCCCUUGUCCCCUUCACAUGAGGCUUGAGCUACAAUGGGAUAUAAACCUUGAAAAUCACUAGACCACAAAAAGCUGCAAUUUUUCAAUUUAUGUUAUUGCUCUAUCAUAAAUACAUUUCUAUUAUGGUAAUCUAUUAAUUUCAAUGUAAAGUUUAUAUUAUGUUACCAUUUGGGAUAUUCAAAUCCAUGAACAUGACAUCCUAUUUCAUUAUCAGUGAAAGCAAACAAGAAAGCCCCCACCGUGGAAGCGCCCUCAGAACGGCCCGGUGUGAGGCGGACAGCAGAAAUGAUGAAGCUGUACGGGAAAGGAGCUGCAAUGAUUCAUGGGAUGGAAACUGCUGUACAGAUGUCAUAUGACAGGACUGUAGAUAUUCAACAACCCAAAUUCUGGCCAAAUAUGCCUCUUAAAAUUGUAUUCUCUUAGUACUGUAAUAAUUUUCAAAUUGAAGUAAAUGUUGAAAAGAA